AUGGACAAGCUGAAGAAGGUGCUGAGCGGGCAGGACACCGAGGACCGGGGCGGCCUGUCCGAGGUUGUUGAGGCAACUUCAUUAAGCUCGGGCACCAGAAUAAAAGGCUUCAUUGCCUGUUUUGCCGCAGGAAUUCUCUGCUCACUUCUGGGAACUCUUUUGCUCUGGGUGCCCAGGAAGGGACUGUAUCUCUUCGCAGUGUUUUAUACCUUUGGUAACAUCGCAUCUCUUGGGAGCACCGCCUUCCUCAUGGGACCAAUGAGACAGCUGAAGCGAAUGUUUGAGCCUACGCGUUUGAUUGCCACUAUCAUGGUGCUGUUGUGUUUUGCACUCACCCUGUGUUCUGCCUUUUGGUGGCACAACAAAGGGCUUGCUCUCAUCUUCUGCAUUUUGCAGUCUCUGGCCCUGACGUGGUACAGUCUUUCCUACAUACCAUUUGCAAGGGACGCUGUGAAGAAGUGUUUUACUGUGUGUCUUGCGUAA